AGGGUCGCAAGGAGCGCGGCGUGAGGGGCCCCCUAGGCGGUAGAACCUGGGCCAACAUCCUGCCGGCAGCCGGGAGACUCCAGCGGACCCCCAGGCCCGCUGCAGGGGGCUGAGGAGGGCGUCCCCCCGGGGUGAGCCCUUCAGACGCAGGCACGGUUGGGCGAAGGUCGGCUGAGCUCGCCCCGAACACGGAGGCCCAGGGCCGCAGGCCGCACUGAGUCCCCGGGUCGGGGAGUGUCCAGUGCCCGGCUUCCCUUGGGAACCAGCGAGAUCGGUUGCUAGGAGACCCUGCCACUAAAGGGCUUGCCCCUCACCAAGAUGGCGACCAGGCCGGCUUCAUGCCAGAAAUGAAGCCUUUCCCAGGAAGCCAUUUUGGAAUCUGGCAAGAUUCAUGUUGCGCGCCCAGGGGGGGGCGUCGUUGAGGAGCUGGGAAAAGCGGGGAAGCGAGCCUUCCGCCCUUAACAAAGAUGGCCUCCCGGGGCUUCCGCGCUCUGUGAAACAUGGCGGAGCUUCCGGUCCCGCUGCCCUCCGCGACCAUGGCGGCGGUGGAGAAGCGGCGGCCGGCGGCAUCGACGGCCAGUUUCGCGGACAGCGGCCGGCCAUCGGUGUCCCGCGCGGCGGCGGCGGCCGAGAGCGAGGAGGACUUUCUGCGGCAGGUCGGCGUGACGGAGAUGCUGCGCGCGGCCCUGCUGAAGGUGCUGGAGGCGCGGCCCGAGGAGCCCAUCGCCUUCCUGGCGCACUACUUCGAGAACAUGGGCCUGCGCUCGCCUACGAACGGCGGCGCCGGGGAGCCCCCGGGCCAGCUCCUGCUGCAGCAGCAGCGCCUAGGCCGCGCGCUGUGGCACCUUCGCCUGGCUCACCACUCGCAGAGGACCGCCUUCAACAACAACGUGAGCGUGGCCUACGACUGCCUGAGCGCCAGCGGGCGCAGGAAGCGGCCGGGGCUGGACGGGCGCACCUACAGCGAGCUGCUGCGGCGCCUCUGCCGGGACAGCGCGGCGCCCGAGGAGGCGCUGGCGCCGCUGCUGCGCAAGAUCGAGUGCCGCGAGCACGAGGCCGUGCCGCUGGGCGUGUUCCGCGCCGGCAUGCUCGCCUGCUUCGUGCUGCUCGAGUUCGUGGCGCAGGCGGGCGCCCUGUUCCGGCUGCUGGAGGACCCGGCGCUGGCCGUGGCGGACCGCCGCGUGGGCCAGGCCGUGCUGGACACCCUGGAGGGGGCGCUGAGCGCCGGCGAUGGCAGCCCCGCGCCCGCGCACUACCUGGAGGCCGGUUCGCGCCUGGGGCCCGACAGCCUGGCCCUGGCCAUGGACCGGGCCGCCGCGGGCAGGCGGCCCAGCUCCCCCAUGACCCGGGACGAGUUCCUGGAGAAGGCGGCCGCGCUCUUCAUCGCCAAGGUGAAGCCGGUGAGCUGAGGCCCCAGCUCAGCCCAGCUUCCUGCCCCUGCCCGGCCGGCCCUGCUGCUCCCCAGGGGGAACCAGGGCUGAGGACCGGCAGCGCCCCAGGAAGUGGACGCUGGCUCCCCACAGACCUUGGCUGUUCCCUGCUGGUCCCGCCCCACCGGCCCAGGACCCUGCUAGCUCUAAUAAAACCCCCUGGAGGCUG